UUCCGAUAUUGCCAUCUUAUUCUUAUUUCAUGAAUCUUAAAAAAUAUUUCUACUUGGCUUUACUUAUCGUCAUUAACUAUUAAUGUAGUCUGUUAUUAUCUUUUCCAUCCACAGGAAAUUCAGUUUGUUAUAUUUUUGGUUUUACCAUUUCAGGGCGACGAUGAGUUUCCUCGCCGACUGGAAGCCUUUGGCCCCACCCACGGACGAGGAAAUAUUUAGCACAGGAGGCAGUAUCAAAGAGGAGUUCACCGAAUAUAUUUCUGAGGAUGCUUGUUUUGAAAUUAAGGAAGAGCAAUUUGAUUAUGCAGAUAAAGAGAAAGAUGAAGUGAACGACGUGAAAAUGGCCCAAGAAUGUCUUUUCUUUCCUAAUCUUCAUGACCUAAGACAUGAAGCAUAUGCAAAGGAUUCAUAUAACUUGGUUCAGGAUCGUGAUGACUUAUUAAGACCGCCAUUAAUAUUAGAUAAUUAUGGGAACAGGGGUUCAUCAGAUGGGGAUCAAGCGAUGCACAAUGAAAGUCGUAAAGAGGAUACAGAUCUUAUCAAUAAUCAUAUAAUAGUCCACCCAAAAGAGAAGCCAUACAGCUGUGAAAUCUGCAAUAAGCUCUUCUCAAAGAAAUUUAAACUAGUGUACCAUAUGAGAGUACAUACUAAGGAGAAGCCAUACAGCUGUGAGAUUUGCAAUAAGUCCUUCCUAUCCAAAAGUGAUCUAGUAAGGCAUAUCCGAAUACAUACAAAUGAGAAGCCAUACAGUUGUGAGAUUUGCAACAAGGCCUUCUCAAGGAAAUAUUAUCUAGUGUGCCAUGUGAGAGGACAUACAAAGGAGAAGCCAUACUGCUGCGAAAUUUGCAGCAAGGCUUACUCGCAGAGGCGUAGUCUAGUGAACCAUCUGAGAGUGCACACACAGGGGAAGCCAUACAGCUGUCAAAUUUGUAACAAGGCCUUCUCGGCGAAAAAUAAUCUAGUGAGGCAUAUGAGAAUACAUACAAAAGAGAAGCCAUACAGCUGUGAAAUUUGUAAGAAGGCCUUCUCGGAGAAAAAUAAUCUAGUGAGGCAUAUGAGAAUACAUACAAAGGAGAAGCCAUACAGCUGUGAGAUUUGCAACAAGGCCUUUCAAGGAAAUAUAUUUUAG